GGGGUGCUGAGUCAAUAGGAUUACUACACAGUUAAUUUCAACGUGGUUUGACUCACUUCACAUAUUUUUCUUCCUCUCAAGUCAAAAAAAAUAUUUGAAUAAAACUAUGGUACACAUCACAGCAGAUGAAUCUUUAUAUGCGCCAACAAAAAUCUGUGAGAGGUGCGGCACAGAAAGCAACAAAUGUGUCUCAUCAAAAACGAAAAACCAGCAAACAUUAAUUCUUUGUUUCUGUAACUCUCUAGUCAGGAAACGGCGACAGAGUAAACGACGUAAUACAUCAGCAGAGAUAUUUAAUCAGCACCAACAGGAGAAAGUUUUAGUAAGGCCAUCGUCAUUACCCUCAAGAAUCAAUAUAAUGGGUGGACUUGAAAGCAAGAGUGUGACAGGCAAUUGUACACCGACUUCGCACCGUAAGUUGUUAGUGGAUCCGAGAUCGCCGACAACCGGUAUUGACAGGACACCUAUUGCAGUCGAGAAAUCCAUGGGAGAAACGCUGCGUGUUUGUGAAACAGAUUUGAAUGUGACGCCAACCGAUGAACAUUUCCUAGAGGAUCCACGAUCGCCAAAUUGUCCACGUACCCCUAUUCCACUCAAUGAUCCUAGAUCUCCAUGUGGUGCAGUGACCAGAACUCCAAUAUUUGUGAAACCUCCAUCAGGUCAAGAAUCAGAUGACAAAGCAGACCCAGAAAAAUUUGUUUUCACCAUAAAACAAACACCAUCGCCUCCCAAAAUUGUUACAACAGAGUAUACCUCUGAAAUGGAACAGUCCACUGGUCAGGCAGCUAGUACGAGCAAAGCAACAGUCCACUCUAAAAUUGAGGAUGUCACCGAAUGUCUAAAGCAAAUCAGCACACCUGAAUAUGAUGAGGAGCUGACAACGCUUGUGAGAAGUAACAUGAAGAAUGAUGUCAUCUACAGAGAUCAACACACAGACACAAAAGAGUUACCAAAGAAACCAAAAUCAAACCGUCCCAGCUUAAAGAAAAUCCAAAAGAAGAAAAUUCAAGAAAUGUCACAAGGUCAGCAGCGGUCGCCAUUAGCAACCCGAAAUCAUCACAGUGAUUCUCCAGUAGUUAGCAGCAAGACCCGUACAUACAUCAGGCUUGAUAGAAAUACAAGUGAUUUCCGUAAGCGACAGAAUAGUUUGGGAUCAACUGGAACUCGUCUCUCAGCCAAGUUCGAAAUUUUUACAGAGAAAGAAAAUGUAUAGUUGUUUCGCAUCCUCCAUCUGUGUAGUCAUCAAAGAAAGUGGAACUUUUCAAAAUCACUUGUAAUUAACUGUAUAUAUAAUAUUUUCUACAUGAGACAAAGUUAAAAAUGUUUAACAUGAAUCUCCCUUGUUAUUUCCCUGAAAUCUUGGUAUUAUCGCUUUCAAGAUAUUCUGAAGUGAUUCUGCAGCCUAUCAAAAUAUGAUGACUUCAGGAUGUUUUCAUUUUAACAUAAAUGCAUGACUUAUAUGCUGCCAAACUGAAAGAAAAAGUGAUAUGUUAAAUGAUAUGCAAACAUUUUGCCGCAAAAGUACAGUAUUUAUGUAUCAUGUUUGAUUUUAAAGUUUGAGUGAAAUUAUGUGAUAAGUCAAAUAUAAAUCAAUUAUAAAAAUAAAAUUUGAAUUUCGAAAAGGUUUGAAUUAAAAUAUAGUUUCCUCAAAUACUUUCUUUAAUAAUCAAGGUCAAUUAAGCUCAUUACUGCAUGUAACUUAAUCAUGUGAUUCCAUGUAGAUUUUUAUGGCAGGAAAUUUCCUUCAGUUUGCCACUACAUAGUGUUGGUUGUAUUUGAAAUUAUCACCAUUUAUCCAUAGGUAUUUAUUUUCCAUAAAUCUAUAAUUGUUACAUUCAAUACACACUAUUCUGUCAACGAUUAUGUUCACAAUAAAGAGAAGUGUGGUGAAAAUCGAAGUACUGUGCAUACAUAUAAACAAAAUAUUAUUAUUUACUAAUAAAGCCAAGGAGAUAUAC